GUUCGGUUGGGGAAGAUGCUUUUUUCCUUCUCGUAGCGAUUGACAAGUUUUGCCACCGGAUAUUGUGAAUUACGUGGACCACCAGAGCUCAUCGCUCGCUCCUUUUGCCUUGCCACACAUCGCCAGGUGUAUGCACAAUACCUGUGUGCGCGCACCAGUCUGCUUUCUCGCGAGUUUCCUCUGUGUGCCAUUUUCGUGUUGCCUCCCUUUGUGUUUCUCCGGAUUUCUGUGAUUCUCUCCGUUUAAGAAGAGACACACUCGAAGACUCCUUGCCCUCCGCGCAGGAGCGGCGGCCCAGACGGACGCACAUACCUCUCGCGGCAACGCGUUCUUCCUCUGCAUGCGCUCGACGCAUUUGAUAUUGAACAGAACGCGACUGAAUCGUCGCUUGCGCGUCUCGAGUCUGCGCCUUCUCUCGUCCGCACUGCUGGCGCCCGCUCAAGUGUAGAUACACCCUUCCCUUGUCUCACCCCGGUCCCCAGACACCCGGUGCAUCGACGGCGGCCGUGUGCCGGCAGCCACAGUCUCAGUCUCCACCAUCACGGCUUCCAUAUCUCCCCUUUUCGUCCUCUACUCUCCGUCUGUUUGGUCUUCUUGCUCUCCACCUCCCUUUCUCGUCCUGCCGAAUUGCUCGUGUGACUCCUCUCCUUCGCGUUCUGCGUCGGACAACCCCGUUUUCCUCUCCUUGCCUGGAGCUCCCUCUUUUUGUCUCUCUUCGUCUGCUCUCGUUCUCCAUCUCGGUGCACCUCUACCCGGAGGGCAGCUUGGGCAGCGGUUGUGGUAAGGGCCUCCGCGACACAAAUUCUUUUCCGCGGCCUUUCGUGUUUCCUGUUCAACUCUCCCGAUGUACGGUCUGCCUCGUCUCUUCUCCUCUUGUCCUUCCGAGGCGGACUCGACCCGGCCGUCGACCGCAGUCUCGUGCUUCGGAGCGGAGAUUCCUUUUCAGAAGACGCCUGCAGGGGUUCCUCCGUCCCCGUUCUUCUCCUCCUUUCCCCCUCCACCCUCUGUCUCCUCUCCGGCUUUCUCUCUGUGCGCAUCGGCCUUCCUCUCGCCACCCUGUGUGCCCGCCACCUCCGCGGGUGUCUCCGCAGCUCCCGGCGUCUCCUCUGCCUCUCCUGCCUCCCUGGAGGAGCAUCUGCGUCUUUUACACCUGGGGAACCAGCAACUCAUCCGCGAAGAACUCGAGAGAGCUAGCUCGUCGCGUCUCUCUUCGAGCUACUCUCGAGGCCAGAGCGCUCCGCCCUGGCCUUCUUCCGCGUCUCUCCUUUCUGAGUCUUGCGGGGCGGCUCCGGCGAAUCGAGAAGGACCUACAGCUGGCGCUGGCGAGAGGAGCAGCUGGGUCAGGGCGCGGUCUGCCGAUGCGUCUUUGCCGGCGCGUCCUGGCUGUCCCCCUGCUGCACUAGGCAGCUGCAGAGACACUGGGGAGAGCGCAGAAGGCGAGGGAGUCCUCGUGGUCAGUGGGGAGGCAGGGAACGUGAACUCGGUUCGUUGCUCGUUCGCACGAGGGUCGACAUCUCACAUGCAGCCAGGUCCUUCCUUCGGGGCCUCAGGCAACCACUGUCUCCCGCCUGGCCCCCAGGCUGUGCUUCCCCUCCUCGCUCAGUCGAAGCCUGCUGUCGCUUGCCUUUCUUCUUCCUCUGUUUUCGCUGCUUCAAAGAGUCCACUUGUUCGCUCUUCUUCUCUUCCGUCUUCUUCGAGUUUCUCGCCUUCUCCUCUGCGUUCUUCGUCGAGUCUCACUUCCUCUCCUGCUGUUCCUCAGCCGGAUUCCGCCGGGUCGUCUCGCAUCUGUGCAGGCGCGUCUCCGUCGUCGGGUGCACCGACUCGGUCAGAGUCUGCGCAUGCGCCUGGCGGAUCAAGGAGCCAGCCGCGUCUGGUGUACGUCCACCCGAAUGCGCCUGGCGCAACUCCAGAUGUGUUUGUGGUGGUGACGCCUUCGCCGACUGCGGUGCGGAGAACGAACUCAGAGUCUCAGCUGUGCGGAACUUCUCCGGAGUCCGUCACAUGUCCUGCUGCUUUGCCGCAAGGCGGAGCCACUCCUGGGUGUUUUCUCUCGUCUUCCUUUUCUCAGCGCCUCACCUCCAAGGAGGGCGGCGCUGCACCUUCAGUGACUUGGCUUUCUCAGGAAGUCCCUUCGGUGCUGGAAUUGCUUCAUUCGCAGGCCGCCGACGCACCUUCUGCAACCUCGUCAGUGCCUUCCUCAGGUGCUUCCUCGUGUAAACUUCUUGCGUCUUCGACCCCUCCUGUCUCCGCUGGUUACCCUGUCUCCUCUGCCUCCUCAGCCUCCUCUGCGCCGACUGUCUCUUCGCUGCGACCUUCGCUCUCCUCCGCGGGGGCCUCCGCGGGCGGUCUACUGCACUCCGGCGCGUUUGCAGAGGCGUCCAAAGACAGGCAGGACUGUUCGCGCGGCGAGGCAGCAGAGUUCCAGCGCCUGGCUCAGAGCGUCUCCCUUGUCGCCUCCGCGGCUCCUCGCCCCCCUGUCUCUCGAAGUCCGUUACCGUACACGCAGCCCCACCAACUGUGGGGAGCCGCUUGCUCCACGCCUCCGCUCGACUCUGCGCUGUCUCUGUCCCCGGCCUCUCAGGCUUGCGCAUCCAAGCCGCACCUCGUCCAGGCCCUCGAUCUCCACUGCUCGGCUGUCUCUGCAGCCGAGCUGCGUGUACACCCGAAAGGCAGCGGCGCCUCGGGCGCGCGGUGCGCGUCGCUCCCCCGGGCGUACGUACACCAGACGGCGGGGCGCGUCUCCGAGGAGGUUCCCGGACGGCCUCUCGAGUCUCUUUUGCCUCUUCGCGAGUGGCCUCAGACGAAGCUGGUGACCGAGAAGGACGAGACCGACGCGAGUGAAAGUUCGUUUCUCUCCAGCUCUCCAGACGCGCCUCGCGAACGCGGACUCGAAGUGCUUCGUCUGCAAGUCUGCGGUUCUGUAGCGAGCGACCGGACCCCGCCUGAGUGCGAGGAAGACACUGCAUGCGCCACAUUCAAGGCGAGUUCAGAGGACGGUGCGUUCCAGCACCCGCGCGAGAGCUACAGUCCAUGUGAUGACGCCGUCCUGGACUCGUCGCUCCCUGAAGUUUCGUCUUCGCCGCUCUCUCGUCAGUCCCCCAUCGCUGCUUCUGUCUUGCACGACGACGUUGAGGCGCGCGUCUCCUCGCUGGCUCCACGGCGGCUGAAGAAGCAUAAGCGCGCAGAGUCGACACACGCCUCCCAGCCGUCUCGCGCGUGCAGUCUCCUCCCUUCUUCCGCCUCCUCCGUCUCGUCUUCUUCCUCUUCGUUUCCUCCGGUCUCUGCCAGAGCCAGAGAAGAGCCGGCGCGAGUCGCGCGGCGAAGCGCGAGCAAGACGGCGAGACGAGGCUCGACGGAUUCGAGCGUCUUACCCCAUCCCUCGAGAGCCUCGGCAUCUCGGGAGAAACAGACAACAGGCGUCCCCCUCGCUCUCGCUUGUCGCAGAGAAAAAGCGGGAGACCGGUGCACCUCGAGCGCUGUCGGUGGGUCUGCCCGCGGUCCGAGCUCGGGUGUACGUACAGCUGCGCUGCGGGAGACUCCUCUAGCGGGCUCUCGCCGUGUCUCGUUGAGUGAGAGCAGAGACGAACAGCGGGAGAGGCGACUCCGAGGAAGGCCCCUGGCACCAGAGGCGAAGGCGAAGAACGCUGCAGUUGGGGAGCGCCGUUCUCUGUCGUUUUCGCGAGCGUUUGCCCCCUCGGCUGCUGCGUCUUCCUCCUCUCCUCGCCUUGUGCGCGACGCGCAUGCGCACGGAGAGCAUGAGGCGAGACAGCUUCGCCUCGAACCGCGGAAAGCUCCUCGAGCAGGCCAAGCUGGAGGCGAACCGGAGAAGAGGAGGACCGAGACAAGAGACAGCGUGGAGAAGACGCAGCAGGAAGAGGCGAGAGCAGAGAGGGAAGCGGAGGUUCGUGUCUUAGCAGGGACAAGAAACGAGGAAGAGGCGAUUUCCAGGAGUGGACAGGACGUGGAAGAAGUGAAGGACGAGUUGGAGGCGAGUCUGCUUGAUGGGUGUCUGGUCGACGAAGAGUCUUUGCCGUCUUGCUUGGUCGACCUGCGGCCUCCGGAAGACUGCGAGCUCCCGAGAGAGAGCCAAUUCGCUCUUUUGACGACAACGGCGUCCUCGAGACGCGCGUCCUUUCGCCAGGGAUCGACCUCGGAGGAGCUGUGCCGACAGACAGACAAGGAGAGAGCAGGGGGGGAGAGAGAAUCCUCACGCGAAACAGAACGAGACGGGGCUCGGGAGACUGAGCAGACCGGGGAGGGAGAAGAAACGAGCUUGGCGAACGAGGCCGGUACAAGCAACAAGCGAGAGCGAGCGAACGACGCAGAAACGUCCGAGGCGUCUGCGGAGGGACCUCAAAAAAACGCAGAGGACUGGGCGCUCUCCUUCCUCGACUGUCCAGGGAUUGGGGUGUCUAUACACCUGACGGAGGCAGAGGCGACGCCGCGGGCAGAAGGGAGGCAUAGCGAGAGGCAGAGGCAGGGGGCGACGAGGGCGAGAGAGGCGCAGCAAGAGCCGAGUUCACCGAGAGGCGGGGAAGCCACAAACGAGACUCGCAGAAAGGACGAAGGCGAGGAAGGGGAGAACGUGUCAUGGACUGACGAAGAAAGAGAAACAAAGGAAGCAGGAGUAAAAGGAGAAGAACUCGCGACAGGAGGCGGCGGAAACUGCCAGACUCGCGGCAAAAAGCAUUUCGCAAAAAUGCAGGUUUCAGACUCGCCGGCCUCGACGCCCGCAAACGGAGCGGACACCCCCCGCGAGGAGACAGUCAUGCCUCGUCUGUCUCCUCCGGAACGCGAGUGCGCCGUCGACAAGGACCGGCAGCAGGUCGACGCGACGAAGACUGCCUCGGUUCGCGAGACCGCAGAAGAGAUAAACAUCACGCAGGCGCCCGAAGAGGACGCUGCGGAGCUCCUGGGUUCCUCGACGGUGUUUGGUCAGGCGAGUCAAGGCGAAGAAGACGGAGCGGGAAGGCGGCCGAUGAAGGCUAUCUCCGAACUGGAGAGAGAGAAUCAACUAGAUGAAGGAGAAGAGCCUUCGCUCCGCAGAGGCGAGAGAGUUCGCGAGCGACCUUCGCUCUCGUUGACAGAUCUGAAGAGCCUUGCGCGGAGCGAACUCGACGAGGAAGAGCUGUGGCCGUCCGAGGAUCUACGUCGGCGUUCGCCGCUGUUUGAAGGGGACAUGUCGAUUCCACGGUCGCCGACAGAGGCUCCGCCUUCGCCUCCAGCGUCGCUCUGUUCUUCUCCGCAGCCGCCGCCUCUGCCGCAGCUCAACUCGCUGUCUCACGGACGCCAGCACUCGUGGACUUCUUCCGGUUCUGUGUCUUCCGCCUCCUUUCCUUCGCUUGCCUCUUGUUUCUCUUCGUCUUCCUCUUCUUGGUCUUCGUCCUCCUCAUUUCUUGGCGGUGGCUCCGAGCAAGACGCGCCUUUGCGGCCGUCGUCUGCAUUCGCCCCUGCAACGUCAGCUGCUCCUCUCUGGGGACCCUUCACAUCUGCCUCUCCACCUCCAGUUCGCUUCGCUUCGCCUCCUUCUCCCUCUUUUUCUUCCUCUGCUUCUUCUUCCUCUGCUUCGUCUUCCUCUGCUUCGUCUUCCUCUGCCUCUUCUUCCUCUGCUUCGUCUUCCUCUGCUUCGUCUUCCUCUGCCUCUUCUUCCUCUGCCUCUUCUGCCUCUUCAUCAUCUUCGACAGGAAUCUUGAACAGAAAGUUGAGAGAGCCUGUGCCUUCGCUGCGGUCGAAUUUCUUCGUCGCCCGUGAUCGCUGCGAACCCGGCACCCUGUCUCCGCUGUCUCCUUCAGCGCUGUCUCCGCUGUCUCCUUCCGCUGAUGCGGCUUCUGCCGCUCUUCUACGCUCCGUUCCUUCGCCCACUUUUGCGCGCGACAAGACCUCGACGUCGAAGCAGACGCCGUGUAGAGAGCCGCCCGAGAAAGACGAAGCGUCUCUCUCUCAGGCGGAGGGGAACACGAUCGAUCCAUCUAGCGAGGGCGAGAAGGACGAGGGAGGCGGCGAACUCAGAGAAGGGAGACAAGCAGAAGAAGCAGCAGCCGAAGGACGAAGAGAAAGUGAAGACUGUCACGAACAGGAGACAGGCGGAGAAAUGGAGGGAGGAGAGACAAGCGCUGAAGAAGACCGGGAAGCCGUAAGAGAACGAAAGGCCUCAACUGGGGCUGAGAGGGGCAACUCGCCGCGCACCAGUCGGGGUGUACAUACACCCAGCGGUUCGGUGUCGCCGUGUUCGUCGGAUUCAACGGUCUCUCCAGCGUUGUUCCUGCCUCUGCCGAGACAGCCUGAGAGUUCGAUCGACCGGCAAAUGCAGGAGAUACUCUCGGCCGAAGAAGCGUCUUUGCGGACCCUGCUCUCCCCGCCGCCUUCGCCGGCCUCUUCCUGCAUGCGUGCUGCCUCUCCCGGGCGUCUCGGGGCUCACCUCGGCUCCUCCGUGUCUGCACCGACUGCUCCUCGUGGGCGCGAAAUCGACAUUUUUUGUGGCGACGCGAACAUGCAAUGCUCGCGCGCAAGCGAGGACGACGAGGCAUUUGAAGAAAGCCUGGAGGAGCUUCGGGAGGUUUCGGCGCUCCAACUCCGCGUCCGUGUGUGGCGGGAGAAGUUCUGGACACUCAAGAGACUCGACCGCGAGAAGGACCGAGUUAUCGGCGAGCAAGUGGAGCAGCUGCGCGCCAGCGAAGUCCUGUUUCUCCAGAUGGUCGGUGAAAACGAGACAAAACUCGAGCACGAACGCGAGGUGCAUGCGCAGGAACUCGCUCGAAUCGCCGCCGAACUCGCCGGCCUUCAAACCGUCUGUGAGCGCGAACGGGCGGAGCGUGACGCCGAGCGCGCCGAGGUGGACGUACAGCACAGCGCACAGCUGGCGGAGGCGCGGGCGAGGCUCGCGGACGCGCUGCGCGAGAAGGCGGAAGAAGGCGCGGCCCUGCGGCGAGCUUUGCAGGAGGCGGAGGCGAACUUGAGGAGACAGCAGGAGAGAGAAGCCGAGGCGCGACGCAAGCACGCAGAGGGCUUGGCAGCCGAACGAGGGCACCGCGAGGCAGCGAGAGACGAGACUGAGCGGCUGAGGAAAGAAUUAGAGGAGAAAUGCGCUGCGCUUCUUCGAGAGGUCGAAGAGCGAGGAGAAGAACGCAGACGGCGAGAAAGCGAAAGAGACGUGGAGCGUGCAGAACAUGCGGAGAAGCAGAGACAGAUUUGCGAACUCCGAGAGAACGAGAAGAAGAGACAGAGGGAAGUAGAGGAACUGGAGAGGCGAGUGUCAGAACAGAGAGCAAGAGAAGCCGCGUUGUUGAGGCAAAUCGAGAAUCAAGAAGACCAGCUCCAGAACCAACAGAGCCUUCUCGAGGAGCAAGCGAAACUCCUUGUCGAGCAGCAAGAAGAACUGCUCGAGAUGCAGCGAAGGUGCUCACAGAUAGAGUCGGAGCGUGGAGAGAAAGGAAGCGAUGACGGCGGGCGAGAGCCCAGGGACUUCGGUGAGUUGCCCGGACAACAGACGAAGGAAUCGGCGGAACGAUGCAAUGCAGCAAAAGACGGGAAUGACGACCGCGACAGGGGAGAACGUGAGACCGAGCGAGACGCCGAGUUGGAGAGAACAGAAGACGAAGGAGACGAGGGGAAGCAGCGGCUGCAGGCGGAGCUGGCUGAAACUCGAGAGGAACUUCGUUCCGCCAAAGAGGUGAUUCGCGCCCUGCAGGAGGCCCACACGCAGGCGCUGGAACAGUCGCGAUCUCUCAGAGGAGAACUCGAGAUUCGCCAGAAACCAGAGAAACAGGAGCUCGCGAGAGAAACGCAGACGCCAGAUACAUGUGACACUCCGAGCGACAGAGAAGGCAGAAGUUCACACCGGAGCUCGCAAGAGAGAGACCGGAGUUGCGAAGGAGGUCGCGAACCUCGCCGCGAGAAGGAGGCGAGGCAGGGAGAGUGGGUGGCGUCUCUGGAAGACGAAAAGGAGGCAGCGUUGUCUCUGCGGAUUCAGCGAGAGUACGAAGAAGAGAACAUCAAGUUGAGGGAAGAAAUGAAGCGCCACCGAGAGGAGGCCAAGGCGCGCGUCGCGCUUGAAGAAGAGCUGCGGCAGCAGCUGCAAAUCCUUAAGGGCCAGAAAGAGGAGCUCGAGGAAACGACUCAGUGGACGGAACGUCGAGCUGCGUAUCUCCUCCGAAUCCACCGCCAACUGCAAGAGGAUCUCGAGGCGGCCAAGGAGGAACUUGCGCUGUACAGACGGGCGCGUGAGGCCUCUGACAAGGGGGGGUCGAUCGACGCAGACCAGCCGGUGAAGCCCAGGCACCGGGAGAGCGAGCGAAGCGAGACGAAAGGCGCAGCGGAGUCUGGGAGGAGCACGGUUGCGGAACUCCAGCGAGAAGUGAAACGCCUGGAGAAACGGCUUGCGGACGCGCAAGGUGUCGUUGCGCAAGAAAAAGCAGCUUCUGCGACGGCACGAGAAAAGCUUCUUCGCGAAGAAACUGAAGCAAGACGCUUCGCCGCAGAAGCCGCGAGACUUGCCGAGGCGAAUCGGGAGUUGCAGAGACUGGUGGCGAGCUGCAGGCGUCUCCACAGAGGGGAGCAAGAAGAAGACGACCUCCACGCGACUCGCCUCGUCUCGCCUCAGCCUGCGGGCGCCGACGAGGCCCUGGCAGGCGACGGGGAGGUUCGGCUGUCUGGACGCGCGAGCGGAGAAGAACGAGGCGCCAGUCGUUUCUCGCGGAGAGACUCGCCGUCGCCGCCGUCUGCGGAAGUCUGUGCAAGAGUGGACGACGGAGUCGGUUUUGCAGAUCUGCGAGAAGAGACCGCAGACUCUGUCGGAGUGGUUGCCCUUCAGCAGCAACUCGAACAGACGACUGCGUCGGCCAUGGCAAGGGAACGCUUGCUGCAGACACGAAUUCGAACGCUUCAGCAGCAACUCGAGAGCCAACGAAGUUACUACCAUAAACGCUUGACGAAUCUCUCUGUCGGCUCUCGUCAUCCAACAGCUCCUUCGUCCUCGUCUUCCUGUCCUUCUUCCUCUUCUCGUGCGUCUGCUGGGGUACGUGUAUCACGAUCGAGGACCAGAGAGGAGACCGCGUAUAUUUCAAGGUCUGGAUCUCUUGAGAGUGGAGGCGAGAAGGAAAGAAUCGAGAGAGAGAAGGGAGAGGAAUCGCGCCGGCGUUUGAGCGUUUGCUCUCGGGCGAUUCAAGUUGAUUCAGUUGACGUUUCGCCGACGCGCGAGGACGAGGAGAGCGAAGCACGCUGUCUGAGUCUGCAGAGAGAGCGCCUCUUCCCUCUUCUCUACCGAGAAAAUCCUGCGAUUGCGACGCUGUUCACCUUUUGGCUGCUCGCGCAAAGACUGUACUUUUCGCGCGUUUCGUCCUCCUCGUCUGCGCCUGCGUCGGCCGCUGGGGAGACCUGCCUCGAGAGAGAAGGAGUGAAUCUCGGUGACCAAGGGGGAAGCAGAGACAGAGAAGACGGGAGGUGCGAAGUGCCUUUCGAUCGGCGCGUGGAGUUCCUCGUAGCUUUCCUCUUCCCCCCUGUUCCUCGACAAGACGAGCAGGAAGAAAGAAUCGGCUUCGACGCGUUCGAGAAGGCGCUCCGCCGGGUGGGCUGCGCCGCCUCGGAGAGCGACGCGCUGGCAGCCUGGACGGUGGUCGCCACCCCUGAGGAGUCUGCAGGCAAAGACGCUGGCGGCGCGCAAGAUGCGAAGGGCAACGCGACGGCCAUCCGCGAGAGAACGGUGUCCAGAGAGCGGCUCACGCAACGCGCCAGGCAAACAGAUCCGAGUUUUCUCUUUCUGAGUUACUGCGCUCUCGCCCGUCGCUCGAAGCUGCAGAAGCAGGAGCUCCAUGUUCUCUCCGCGACCAAUCAAGCUCUGCUGCACGCAGCGCAGGAGCAGCAGGAGGUCCUCAGGCGGCAGCGCGAGCUCGACGCUGAGAAGCGAAGAGACGCCCAAAACCUCUUUGAAAAAAAGAUCAACCUCUGCAUCGCGCAGGCCGCCCAGCAACAACGCGAAUAUCAACGGCACAUCGCGCUGCUCGAUCAGCAGCUGCGACGCCGCACCGCCGAGUCUUCUGCCUCUGCCUACAAGCAGAGAGCGACUGGGGCGGAGAACGGAGAAGAGGAACAGAAAGCCGAGAGUCGAAAGGAGACAGAGGAGAACCGAAGGGAGAGAGAAGAGAGGAAGGCAUGCUCCUCUUCGCUGCCCGCCGCACAUGCGGUUCCGCAGACAAGUUACGCGACGUUGCUUCAACAAGCCGAUGAAGCUCUCGAACUUCAACUGCGUCUCUUGAGGGAAAAUGUGAAUCUCCGGGAGAAGCUGCAAAAGCCGGCGGCGCCAGAACGCGAGGUGUAUGUACACCCGACGCGAGAGAGACUGGCGGCAUGCCCCGCGCGCGACGAGCGAGAGCACAUCGAGGCAGAGGCGAUGCUGGCAGCCCUGGGUGCCGAGCUGGAUACUCUGAGCAGAGACGUGGAAGGCGAAAUCGAGGCGCGCGUCGCAGAAGCUUGCGAGUCUCUCUCUCUUGAAACUUGCCCUCUCUGAACGGCACAUGCAUCUCCACCUCUGGCGGCUCUCUGCCCGCCAAGCAGCUCCAGCGAAGCGCGGAUGCUCGUGAAAAAGAUACACGAAACGAAGACCUUAUCGGAGACAUAAAGCGUCGUCCUUAAGGAUAUGCAUACGAGC